CAAAACACUCUAGAAAGUCUAUCAUCCGGAAGUUUCAACCUCCAUUGCUGGCCCGCCUUCGUGCUUCCUGUUGGACAGCCCACAGGGAGGCGGCCUCAUCUCAUGAUUUUGCUUCGUGAAGUUGGGGCCGGCUUAGAUAGUGUGCGUCUCGCCGUUUAGACUUAUAAGACCAGAUGCCCGCCCGGCCUUUUCUCGAGUUACUUCUUGCCUCUGCACUGGAUCUGGAUUCGGACAAUAGGACAACAUCGUCAACUGCAGCAAACGGUCAUUACUCGCCCUCGGACAGGCUCCACCAACUUUAAUUCAACUAUAUACAAUCUUUCUCGAAUAAUCGUAAAUCACCACCAACCGUCACAAUGAAGGCCUACGCUGUUGUACUGUCCCUCGCCACCCUGGCCGUUGCCCAGAUGAACGGAGGAGCCGCCCCCGUUCCCCCUCCCGCCCCGGCGGCCGGAGACACCCCCGCUUGCGCCGAGGCGAAGAUUCUGGCCGGUGGCAUUGCUUUGAACAUCGAGGUCCAGCAACAGGAGGUUAACGGUGUCAACGCCGUCAUGCAGGCUCUUCAGGCCAAUCCUCCCAACCCCCAGCAGUUCCAGACCGCCAAGUCCAACCUCCUGUCCUUCGUCAGCGACGGUAUCCAGGUCAGACAGGCCAACCAGCUUAUCGCUCCCUCUGGCAAUAUGGCCACCCAGGGACUCGCUGUGGUCGCCAACGCCCAGCUCUCUGAGUUGCAAAAGGUUGCUGGUCUCACCGGCAACCCCGCACAAGAUAUGCCCGUCGUCCAGUCACUCAUGAUGGAUUUCUCUGGUGGUAUCAAGAAGAACAUGGAGAACCAGCAAAUGGCCGUACAAGGCGCUUGCUAG